UAUCGAAAUUUCUGUCAGCUCUACCAAAACAGUCGCAAUCACAUAUUUUUCGAAUCGCAAAUCGUUGGAAUUUCAGGGAGAAAAACAAAUUAUAUAAAGCAAAUACGCAAUGGCAACACGUGUGGUGGCAACGGCAACGGUGCGCGCCGUAAAGGGACGAAAAUUGAUACCCACGCGGGCGGCCCUGACCCUGACCCCGGCUGCAGUGAACCGCAUUAAGAGCCUGCUGCAGGACAAGCCAGACUUUAUUGGCCUGAAGGUGGGCGUGCGACAGCGCGGCUGCAACGGCCUCUCCUACACCCUGGACUAUGCCAGCAGCAAAGCAGACAAACUGGACGAGGAGGUGGUCCAGGACGGCGUGAAGGUAUUCAUUGACAAGAAGGCGCAGCUCUCAUUGCUAGGCACUGAAAUGGACUUUGUGGAGUCGAAGCUGUCCAGCGAGUUUGUGUUCAACAAUCCGAACAUCAAGGGCACCUGCGGCUGUGGCGAGUCGUUCAGCAUGUAAACUCUGGCUCUGGAGCCGGCAACACCCGCCUCGCAGCCCCCCGCCCCACCCCCCAAAGCGUAUGCCUAACGAAGAUCAGAUGCAGAUCCUACCCCAGCAUGCCCCAAGCAUCUCUCAUUUCUGUUGGCAGGCUGUAUACUCGAUGUAAAAUCUAUUUUCGCAAACGAAUGCUAAAGUUAAGUUGUGUUCUCUGUAGUUCAAAUUUAGUUGUAUAUUGAUAAAAGGAUUUAGGCUCUAGGCAAUCAUCCAAUGUCUAGGCGAAUUACAUAGUUCAAUCUGAACGAUAAGUGCGCCCGCUUUGGUUUGCUUCGCGGGGCCCGCGCCUAUUUUGCACAUUAUUUGACUCGGACACCUAGUUGAAUACACAAACAAGGAAUGUUCUAGAACAAA